UUAUCAGUUAUUGCGGCCAUUGUCUGCUUCCCUGUAGCGCCAAGACUAAGGAUAUAAUGCCUAUUCUUAACAAAAAGGCCGGUUAUCCACUCGACACGCCAUUGGAGUUGUAUGAGGAGGUGAAACCCAAUAUGGUUGAGCGCAUAGAGGACUUGGAGGCCCCGCUCAACAAAGUGUUGGACGAACUGAUGGACGGCGACAUCAUUGUGUUUCAGAGGGCGGACCUCACGCUGGGACCCGAAUGUGAAUUACCAAACGUUAAGGAGUACUUCAAGGAUCUGCUGUUCAGAGUGGAAGUGACGUUCUGUGAUAAGACUAAUCCAACGGAUCCCGGAUUUAUAAUCGAGUUGUCACUCAAAAUGAAUUACGAACAGAUCGCUCAGGCGGUCGCCACCAGACUCGGCACCGAUCCCUAUUUGAUUCAGUUCUUCAAGAAUCAAAGCUACCGGGACGGACCCGCCGGCCCCCUCAGGUGUAACUACGACGGCACGCUUAAGGAUAUACUGGUUUACUACAAGCCUCGGCAACCAAAGAAAAUAUACUAUCAACAGCUCACGAUACGAAUCAAUGAACUCGAGAAUAAAAAGCCGUUUAAAUGUGUUUGGGUUAACAGCAAACUCAAGGAAGAGAAAGAGAUACAGUUAUAUCCGAACAAAAACGGAACGGUUCACGACCUCAUCGAUGAGGCCAAGAAGCAGAUCGAGAUGAACGAGGACUGGUCGGGGCGACUACGGCUCCUGGAGGUCACCAGUUAUAAAAUAAAUUCAAUACUGGCCGAAGACAUACUCCUCGAGUGUCUCAAUCCGACCGGAAACAAGACCUACAGAAUAGAGGAGACGCCGAAGGAUGAGCUGCGUCUGGAAGCGGGAGAGUUCUUAGUGCCCGUCGCCCACUUCCAUAAGGAGGCCUACCAGACGUUCGGCGUUCCCUUUUUGCUCAAACUAAAGCAC